AUGCUGAAAAUAAUCAACAAUCAGAGGCUGUACUCAGGCCUGAGAUACACUUUUCUCCCACCAGACUCCAUGGAAGCUGUGGCCAGGAGGCAGGAGCUGGUUCAAAAGCAAAAUAUUGCCAGAAUGGAAAUGGAAAUGAGUGCUAUUUUUCAACAAAAGGAAAUCGAGAAAGCUCAUCGUAAAGGGCUACUGGGUCUGGAAGCACCUUUCCUGUACCAUGGCAUGCCAGUUAGCUCAGCUGGUUUCCGUGGUAGGCACCGACUGCCUGAUGGCCACCUUCCUAGUGACUUAUAUGUUCAUCGAACCAUGCUUGAUGACCUUCACAGCAACUCUGUGCUUGUGGCGACCAGCCCAUACCCUCCUGUGAGCAGUCUACAAAGAGAGAGAGGCCGUCGGCCAGGAAGAAGAGCUGGAACUCACAAAACUGGAGACUGCAACAGCAAUGGCAGCAAGAGCCAAAGUGAAGACAAGACUGCUGACUCUGCUUCUGCUGCAGCUGAUGAUGAGAAAGAAGGCAAGAGAGAAGCAGAAACUGAGACACCAAGCAAACAGGAACAAAACAAAGCCCAUGCUGAGCCUUCUGCUACAGUUGCCAAAAGCUGUAAAGAGUUUGAACCUGGCCUGAGAAAAAGCCUUGCUACUCAUGAAAUUCCCACUGGAACAAACGUCUGCAGCAGUGCAAAUGAGAAGGACUCCAGUAACUCCUGUACAGCCUUUGAUGACAAGUACACGUAUCCAUCUGCACUGACAUUCUCAGCACUGCCAUAUGGAUUCCCUGCACCCAGUAACCCACUACUACCUCCAGGAGGACACAGCCUGCUUUUGAAUGGAGAAGAUAUUUCUUCCAUUGAAGACAUUCGCAAAUGGACGGUCAAUGACGUAUUCAAUUUUAUUAUUAGUCUCCCAGGUUGUUCAGACUGUGCUCAGUUAUUUAAAGACCAUGCUAUUGAUGGAGAAACCUUGCCACUGCUCACAGAGGAACAUCUUUUGGACACAAUGGGAUUAAAACUUGGCCCAGCUCUAAAAAUUCGAUCUCAGGUGUCUCGACGUCUGGGAAAUGCAUUCUACAUGAUGAAUCUUCCUCUAUCAAUGCCCCUUCCUUCUACUACAGGCAAACCAUCAGAUCAGCCCUCUGACAUGACCUCCCCUGUGCACUGCAAUAGCAGUGGUGAUACUUUGGGUAGUCCCUGCUCACUGGACCCAGAAACUUCAAAAACAGUGGAGCAGCUUGUUUCAGAAGGCAGGGAAAAUCCAUGUGACACAGCUGGAGCCCAGGCUGACUUCCAGAUGCUCAGUUUUCAGAAGAGUUGA